CACAGCGAUCUCCAGACCUCCGGCGCUCGCUGACCGCGCUCCUCCCUCCUCCCUCCCCUCGGCCGCCCGCAAAGCCGCAGUACAGUAUUUGAUUUCUUGCGUUUCAGUUUACGUUUGGCCGCAAAGAGAUGAGUGACAGAGCCCUAGUACAAAUAUGCCGUGGUGGCUGAAGGCGAGGGAUCCUAAAGGGACAGGCGGCAUUUAACAGCCAUGGAAAACCUGUUGAAAUCUGAACUGAAAACCAGCGUUUUGAAGCUCUUGGCUUGCUCGAGAGGAGGGUACAUAUGCCAAGGACAAGCCUAUGAGACCGACAGAGGACGAGUGUUUGUUAAAAGCAGCACCAAGCCCCAGGCUAGGACUAUGUUUGAGGGUGAAAUGGCAAGUUUAACAGCAAUUCAGCAAACCAACAGUAUACGGGUUCCUCAGCCAAUUAAAGUGAUGGAUCUUCCUGGAGGUGGAGCAGCAUUUGCUAUGGAGUAUCUAAAAAUGAAAAGCCUCAACAAAUACUCAGCAAAACUUGGAGAACAAAUAGCAGAUCUUCAUCUUUACAAUAAAAAAAAUGGAGAAAAACUAAGGAAAGAAGAACAAACAAUUGGUGUAGGCCAGACAGAACCUUACUAUGUGGAUAAAUUUGGAUUUUAUGUAGUUACCUGCUGUGGCUAUAUAACUCAGGUCAAUGACUGGCAAAAUGACUGGCCUACUUUUUUUAUUCGACACCGCCUCCAAGCCCAAAUGGAUUUAAUUGAAAGAGAUUAUGGAGACAGAGAAGCAAGACAGUUGUGGGAACAGCUAAAGCCAAAGAUUCCAGAGAUGUUUUGUGACCUGGAAAUCAUUCCUGCACUCAUUCAUGGGGACCUGUGGUCAGGAAAUGUAGCUGAAGACGACUCUGGACCAAUUGUCUUUGACCCAACUUGUUUCUAUGGCCAUUCAGAAUUUGAACUUGCAAGUGCUAUAAUGUUUGGUGGAUUUAGUAGCUCUUUCUUCUCUGCUUAUCACAGCAAAAUCCCUAAGGCUCCAGGCUUUGAAAAACGCAAUAGCCUUUAUAAGUUAUUUAACUACAUAAACCACUGGAACCAUUUUGGUACAGAAUUUCGGGGACCUUCUCUUAAUGUAAUGCAAAGACUUUUAAAAUAAGUGUUAUGCGCAGUCAUUUUAGUAAGUGAUUCUUGGUUUGGUACCUGUUGCUUCAAAUAUGAUGCAUCAGAAUAGUUACCUAGAAGAUAGAAAGAGUUAAAUUGUUGUCGUAUACAUCUGCUUCCUCACAAAUUCUUGCAGUGGGCUUAUAAUAAUUGCAUGCUAUAAUUAUCAAUUGGUAUAAAGAUAAUUAUUUCAAAAACAGCUCAUCCUCAUGUCCCCUUAAAUAAACAUGCCCCAGUAACAGUUUUGUGACAGAUCUUCAUGAUAUUGCCUUCAUUGUAUCCCCAGCCUACAUCUGAGGCAGCUUAAAGUUGUCUCCAGCUGUUCUAGUUUUAAAGUAAUGUUUUCCCUCUUCUCCCAACCCAGCUUUUGCCACAAAUAUAUUGCAUGCUUCAUUAGUUGAGGUGGUUGCUGUGGGCAUUUCCCUCCCACCAGUCACUGUACUCUGCUCUCCGUGAUCAUUUGGGCUUUCACUGCAGGAGAGACCAGACAUCUGGGUUCUGCAGAAGCAUCUCCAUUAGUCUGACUGACACUUUUCAAACUGUUUUUUGGGUCUAAUGCAGGAUCCUUACAAACACGGGUUUAGUGCUCUCUUGAGGGAGUGGCAGUCCUGUGUCAAUUUAAGGUCAGUUUAAAUGAGGAAACAGAGCCAGGUUCUCUUAGUUAUGCUUUGCUUGUUCUGUCACCAGGGAAUGUCUUACAGGUUUUCUGCUGUUCUGCUAACAAGGGGUUUCACAUGGCUGAUUCUUACUGUUUUUAUUACUUUGGGGGGGAAGUUCCCAGUUUUCAUACUCCAUUCUGGCUUCAUGGCAACCCACAAGCCACUUCUGCUGAACUGAACUGGACUCACUGCUAGCACUCUCUUUGCCUAGCAGCAUUAGUCAAGGAUGAAUCUUGUUCAUACUUGAUCCUUCUCUCCCAUUUCACCUGACACCCCUCUCCCAUGCCUGGGAUCUGUUAGUUCAGCAACUAGACUGGUGGCUAAAUAUGCUAUUCUAACCCAUCUAUAGUCAUCUCACCCCAUAAGGGAAGAUUGGUAUUUAUCUGCUGGCAGGCAGUGCUCAGUGGGAUUGGGAGAAUUCACUAGACACUUUCCUUAACUUGUCCCCAUUAAAAGAGUAAGGGCAGCACCAGUUGCUGGCUUCAUUACUGUGCCAGAAUAGGGUUCAGUAAUUGGGGCAUACUUUUCUGCUGGUUCAAGGACUGAUGGAUAGCAUUUUAAGACAGCCAUCUAUUUCUGCCUUGAGUUAAAGAGAGAACCUUGCUGGCUAAGAAUUCAGGGUAUUACAAUCUACACAUAUCCAGAAUGUACCAGAUUGGAAAUGACUAUAUUAUGCUACAUCUGCACUGACUAUGCUAUUCCUUUCAGGCAACUUUGUUAUUGCUUACCUUGUGCCAACAUGUCAAAAACUGUAUUGGCUGCUGGGACAUAUGGAUAGUCAAGUGGAAAAGACUUGUGGAAGAUGUACAUGGUAACUGCAGCGAGAUUACUAUAUGCAUAAAGGUGGAAUGGUUGAAGAUGACAGAACUUGCAUAAAUGG